GGAUUGCCUAUCAAGACAUGGGGUUCAAUCAAAUCAGUGGACCAAACAAUAUGAAUAUGGGUUCCAUAAAAGAUGAAUUGUUAGUUGCAACAGUCUGUGAAAUAGUGUGGUCAAUAAUAGCUAAAGCUCUAUCUCUAGGUGGAGUGCGUUUAAUGAAAAGAUGGUUAUUUGUUUUGUACAUCGUUUCUGAAAUCAUAACAAUGUUUGUGGAAUGUGUGAUUUUGAUAUUUGGCUGCCUCCUAAUAAGAGCGUUGUAUUGCUGUUUUGAGAAAGAUAGUUCCGAAUGCAGCGAAUAUACCUAUCUUACAACCACGGUGUCUACGGUAUGAAUUAUUGUUACAUUAUGUUUGAACCACGUAUGGGAUAAAGAGGAUAUACUUUAGACGUUUUAGUAUAACGAAGUAUUUUAUUUAUUAAAAUUUCAACAAGGAGACACGCAUGUUUUUAUAAUCUGGUUGAAUUGGAUGUUAAACUGCUUUUUUCAAUUUUUAAAACCUCGAAGAAAGACAAGAACAUUUCUAGCAUUGCUUUUUUUUAACACGGAAAUCGUACUUAUAGUUUGCAAAAGCUAAGUUUGCAUCUAUGAUGUACAAUCAUUAUGGUAUAUUUUGGGCAUACAUAUUCUUUUCAAUUUUUGCGACAAUGAACAGUGUGUGCAUUUGUGUUCACGACUCGUUAUGUCUUGCGCACGAGAUAAUAUGUCUUUCGCACAAGUAAUUAUUGUAGUUCUCUUCUAUACUUUGACUGAAAUUUUUGCGACAGUGAACAGUGUGUGCAUUUGUGUUCACGACUUGGUAUGUCUUGCGCACGAGAUAAUAUGUCUUUCGCACAAGUAAUUAUUGUAGUUCUCUUCUAUAAUUUGACUGAAUUUUUGGUAUACUGAUACACUCGAAUUACGUAAUAUGCGUAAAAGGUAAGAAUAUAUUGGAAAUCGCUAUCAAAUAGGUUUAAAUGGACAUCUUAACAUUCUGAUUACACAAUAUGACAUUAUAAUUUAUACUCCAUAAGAGAAGACUAACAAAUCCCAGGGAAAAAGAAAACAAAUAUUCCAUCUAAAGGAAUGGUUGGGAUGUUACAUCAGUUGUCAGCAGGAACUGUUUCAUCACUGUUUUGGAUUUCAGACAUUCCUAGUACUGCCGCACAUUAUAUCUUUGUUUAUGAUUGUGGUUCCUCUAAAGAUGGUAAGUAAAUUAUCUACAGUUCAACACUGUAUAUAUAUUUCAAAACCAAAGCAAUCAUAGAUAACAAUAAAAGCUGUUUUGGUAAUUAAAAGCCAAAAUAAUUGAAAAAGGAAUAAGAUUUAAAUAUUAAAGACAAUGACAACAUGUAUACAGGUUGUUUUAUAGAUUAACUACUCCCGGUUUCAUUCUAACUUCUAUACCGCUUAGUUUUGCCUCAUUUGGCUACACUAAUUUUGAUCAACCAUUUUAAUACUACAAAGCGUGCUUAAUUAUAAAAUAACUUGCCAAAUCAAUUUCAGGAUUUACAUGACGGAACCACGUGGUUUGACUUAAUUAUUAAACUUCUCUGCAGUGGCCGGACCGAUCUUUGGAUUAGUACUGCGAGGGAAAUUUGGUUAUUUUGGUCACUGGCAUCCCUCUCACUGCAGUUUUUCUCUAUGACUCUUUGUUGGAAAUUGCACCGAAAAUUGUUUUCAGAAACAAUAUGUAUGCGGCAUUUGAAGCGGAUAUAUAUCGGGUUUUUGAGUUUGCAACUGGAAUAGCAACAUACGCAUAUUUCUUUGAGAAAAUUUACCCAGCAUACCUUCAGCAGUUUUUAGGGAGGUUUACAUAUCAUGGCUUGAAUAUGCAAUGCCUUAUGAAUGGAUUGACGUAUACUCUAAUGGCCAUUAUUCCCAUUUCACUCAUACUCCGUCCACUGCUUCUGUGGUUAAUACUGUUAAUUGGAAAACUCCAAACUUCGUUUCUUACAUACACCUGCUUUCAACGAGAAUCGUCAUAUUACACAGGAGAUAUUGUUACAUGGAAACAGGUUGUUGACGCGUCCUACUGCAUUGCAGUAUACACCCUCUACUUUGUAAACUUUUAUCCAUUCGAUCAAUUUGUGCAGCAGGAUUUGAAUGCUUUUGAAAAACAUCGCUAUGACAUGCAAAAUCUUCUUAAUGCUCUUACCUACACAUUGAUGUCGCUGAUACCACUCACAUUAUUCUCCAGGGUUGCUGUCAUAUAUUUUGGAUUACAUACACGCUCAUUUAUUAUUUAUACUAUGAUUACCAUCUUGUUUGUUCUUCUGGAAGGAUAUAUUGUUCUGAUAAAACAGUCUUCAUAUUUGUUGGAUUUGGCUUACAAUUGGUACGACAGAUUCUUUUCACAUUAUAGUUCGACGAAAUUUUCAUCGUUUUGUGAUACAAAUGUGGGUUAUGUCUUCGACAUUGCUGCUGUUUACGUUUCAUAUUUAGUUCUUCAAAUUAUAAUAAAUGUUAUAAGUAUCAUUAUGCUUGAUCGAUUGUACUCAUGUCUUGGAGAUAAAUCGGUAUCUAACGGAGCGUUUCGUUCUGCAUUUGGACGUUUGUACAGCAGUCUAAAGUCUUCGAAGAUAAAUACUGCAUUCUUUGUAAUUUUAUGUUUAAUGCUAAUCAUUCGUCUUCUGUUCUGGAUAGGUUUAAUAUUGAUGGGCCUGAGCCCUGGAUACAUACAUACGGAUCUCAUUGACAAAUUACAUUUAAUGCAUAUUGGAAAUUUGAAUUACGGUACCAUGUCAAUGGGUCUUAUGUACUCUCAUAUGGCCUUAGUACCAGUGGAUAUUGCUUGUCAUGGUCUUGAAUUACUUGCAGUGAUAAAAAUGAACAAAACAUUUUUAAUCAUCAGCAUCUUAAUGCGAAUAAUCUGGAUAGCAUCGGAUGUCACCACGUUGUCUUUGUCAUCAACAAUUCUUCAUUUGAGUAAUUGCUUGUGUGGACCAGGUACGGUCUGUUUAUCUUCACUUUACUAUAGUUUUAAACAAGAGCAAAAAGACAUCAAGGAAAAUUAGUCCAAACGACAAGAAGGUGAAUGGUACAAAAGACCAGGAAGAAUCUCUGGAAAUAGGCAGUUUUGAUGAUGAUUUAUAAAUGACAUUUACAAUGUUUUACAAUUCAUUUGUAGUCUAGUUAAGAGUUUCAUUUUUUAAAUUGUACAAUUGAUUUCUUUGUCAUGGUUUUAAAAUUAAAUAAAAGUGGUAUAUAUGUAUUUUAACUUUUCUCAGUCGUUGGAUUUAGAUUGUACUUUUUUAGUGAAUAAGAUAUAAAUAUUGUUUCUGUUACAUACAAAGAACAAAUGUGCAUGUAUACGUACAUGUAUUUUGAAAAAUAAAUUUUUUGAAAUAUAACCAUAUGAUAAUUGAGGACAUUUUCUCUUUUCAGUUGGCCUAUACUUGUCUUGUGUUUCCUAAUCGUAAAAAUAUUGAUAUUGGUGUUUUUUUCUCUUUUUAGUUUUAAAUCAAUUGAUUUAUUUUAUGUUAUGCAAAAAGAAAGAAUGAGGAGAAAUAUUUUUGUGUAAAAUCUCAUGAUAAAUAUUCAAGCGAUAUCGUGAAAUAGAAAUUCUAGGAAAAUGUACUUGAAACUGAAUUAUUCAAAUCAUGGUUACCAUUUGAAUAGAUAUCAUAUUGCGUUCAUGUAUUUUCCCUCUAAGUUAUUAUCCUUGAUGACCAUUUUGUGGGUCAAGCCAUUGGAAUGUUCUCUUAGCAAAAACAUUAUACAAAUUUGGCGAAGACAAACAUUGGAAAAUCCAAAUAACACCAAUUGUAAAUCAAAGGAAACUUUAACAAAUGUAUAUUAAUCAUAAAAACAUUAACGUGAAAAUGUUGAAUAUAGAUGACGAGUGAAUUCUGAUCAUUGGACACUCACAACAUUACCGCCGACGUUAUUUAACCUUAUUUCUCUGCCACAAACAAUAUAUUCCAUAGUAAUAUGAUAAUAAAAAAAACUAACAAUUUUAACCAAUGGAAUUUUCAUGUUUAGAGCGAUAGUAAAUUUUGAAAUAUAGUCAUUACAGUCAGAACAUUCAGAAUUUAUUGGUGUUUGUGUGCUUGUGUUGUUAACUGUUGGUAUAUCAGUAAUCAAGCGGAUACAAUGUACAUAUGGUGUAGCAGGUAUACUUUAACAAUAAAUAGCUUUUUUGGUAAUUACAGUCAUUAUGUACAUAGGAUAUACUCGGACAUUUUAUGGACUCCAAACCGUGAUUAAUGAUGAUAACACUAUGCAGUCUAUCAAUAGAAACAAGACUGGCUGAAUUUGACAAAGAAAAUGACCAUUUCAUAACUUCCUUGGACUCCCCAAAUUCCAAUCUACGCAAGGGCAUUUGAAGAUUCAUCCAAAGUCAACCAGCAAUUAGCACUUAAAAACUGUAUGCUACAUUUGAUCCAUCGAUUAAAAAAUUGGUAUGGCUAGACAACUAAGGAUAUUAUGCCCAUGUGCAUUCGAACAUCCCAUAUGUCUACAGUUCUAUAAUUGUUCACUCUAUUAUUAAUAGUUUAUGAUGUGAAUGAUUAAUAAUAAACGAAUUUAGCAUAGAAAGCGACGAAUAAAAUCUAUCGGUGAUAAUCUUCUUGCUAGCUGGAAAAUUAUCUUUGAUAUUGACAUAUCUUUUAUUGCCUGCACUGCGUUGGAUAUUUUAUAGACA